AUGAAUUACGACAAACUCAGUCGUGCGUUGCGAUACUAUUACGAGAAGAAUAUCAUACGUAAGGUGCAUGGACACAAAUUUGUCUAUCAAUUUAUGGGUCUUCGAAAUUUGAUCAAGAUCUGUCAGGAGGCUUCGAGUAAUGCAGCCUCCACACGUCCUCCAAUGGAACCACUAUUAACUGACUGUUCGCCGACAGAUACGAAACCAAGCACAGACUGGGAUUUACCCCCGGGGACUGCGUUACACAUGGACUCGUCACCGAACUGUACUUGUCCGCAGAAUGAGGACUCCGUUGUCACUUCGACCGCGGUUAACAAUCUGAAUAAUACGAGCGAACGUUUGGGUUCCUUGAUCUAUGCACAGAACGGGUUGACCACCAAACCAGGUGCUCGAGGGAUACCCACUCACCCUCUGGAUGGUAUUAUUGAUCGAUGGCCCACUGUGACUAACCAGUCCGAUGGAUCAGGUAAUGGUGGCAUCACUACUACCGUCACUGCGACAGCCACGACCAACACUAUUCAGCGAUCCACUACCCAAAACAAUCCGUCUCCUGGAUUGAAUGAGAACAGUCUAACCCAAGAUGGGCAUUCGAAAACGCCCCCCGAAUCUGUGGAGCAUCCGGCACCAUUUACUCUACCUAUGGAUACACGUGAUUCCAAUCCGGACGUUGAAGUUAACACGAAUCAAACAAGCAACGAUUUCUCCAAUUUGCUUUGUUCCCUUGCUUCCUUCAUGUCAGCUGGGCAGUGGAUGCCACUAUGCUGUGUCAACUCGAAAAAUGACUGGACGCUUCUGAAACCACCUCGCAACACAGUCAACAAUAUUACUUCUAGCAAUAACGUAAUAAACACCUCUAGCACGAUUCAAAAUCCGGAAAUCGUGCUAUUUCCCACGGACCCACCAAUGUCCAGCCUCGCCACCCCUAGCCUACAAUCUGAUUCCACAUUCCCAUCACUUUCCAACCUACCCAUAAAUCUCACUCGUGAGACCUCACCGACCAAGUUGCAUCAUCAACGUCAUGCUAUUAAUAUGCAGCGGUUAGGUGAACAGUUAUCCCUCAUCAGUCGCAAUUGCCAUUCCCAUUCCAUAGCGAAAUCAACACCGGUGGUUCAGGGGAACAGCGCAACCUCUCCGGGACUGGUCAGUAUCAGUACAAACAGCAAUAGUAGCAACAAUAGCGGCAACAGUAGCGGCAGCAGCAACAGCAGCAGUAAUGGGUCAACCGCAGCUAACCAACACACGGGCUCUUUAAGUACUGCUCGUGUACCACCACCUGGCCUGAAAGAUACCGUCCCUGAAUGUCCAAAAACGAUGCAGACAUUUGGUUCCUCUAUGCCGGAUCAUUUCACCCGUUUCCCACCCACUGCUCCGAGCAGCAGCAGCGGCUGUUCACCAAAUGGAGAACCUUGCGUCUGGAUGCCUGUGCCGGUGACGAUGCUGACUUCAUGGAUUAGGCUAUUGUCCGGCAUGACCAGUCCGGGCGGAUUUGCCAAUCAACCGGGUGAUUUGGGUGCUAGGAGAACACCAGGAUCACGACAGCCCGAGCCGGAAGCGAACACAACAAAUUUGAUCCAACCGCACAUGUUUCCCCUGUCUUCUGUGGUCGAACCAUUUGCUGGUCUGAAAUCGGAACCGCGCGACAAUGACCAUUUCAGUGGGGUAUAA